AUGCGUUUUUCGUCCAUUGCUAUCUUGAGUCUGGCUUCUGUCGCCGUCGCCGAUCUCAAAACCUGGAACGAUGUGGUGGGCGACAUGCCCCAGUGUAUCAAGACUUGUCUCAGCAACUUCUACAACACCGCCGGUCUCAAGGACAAGUGCGGAAGCGCCGACAAAGCCACUGUUGACUGUCUCUGUGGUGUGAAGGGUUCAUUUGCGGAUCUCCAGGAUGAUGCCUCUGAGCUGAGCACAUGUAUCCAAGAUGGUUGCGACACCAAUGAAAUCGCGGACGCUGCUACCAAGCUCGGGGACUUCCAGGAUCGGUUUGAGAGUCUUCAGGAUCAAUGCUCCGCAAAAGGAUCCUCUAACGGUGCUAGCUCAGUGGUCCCGGGAUUUAAUGCAAUGCUCGCCUCUGGGGCUCUGCUUCUGGUGGGCGUUGCCCUUUGA